GCACGGGAGAUCCAUCUGUUCCAAAAGCGCCUUCGUCCUACUGACGCUCUUGUAGGAGUUGUGCUCGGUGCUCUGGAGAGCUCUGACCUCUGUGAGCGCCUUGCACGGCGCUGCCCAGGCCAGGGAGCGGGGACCGUCCUGGGGCUCGCCGGGACAGACACAACUCCAGAGAGGAGCAUUUUGGGGAAAAUCCCUCAUCAGAGGCGGCUGUGGGUCCUGCAGAGCUGCAGCCUGUCUGUCCGUCCAUCCUGCGGGGCGGGUUCCUGCAAAGGGGAAGUGGUUGUUUGCUUCUCCCCCCGGCUGAGCACACGUUCUGCAGCACCUUCCUCCUUGGAAACUGCCCCCGAGUCCUGCUCAGCCAAACAACUCGUUAAUGAUUGAAUCAUAUGCAAACGAGGCGACACGGGGACGUGGUGCUGCUCACCGGGGUCCCUGCACUGUCCCCACGGCGAGGUCCAGUGGUGUGAUGGAGCAGCAGCAUGUGGCCCUGGCCAUGGUAAGGUGUCCCCGUCCCUGUCCCCCGAGAGCCGCUGUCAGACCCCACUGCUCGAGGACACUCCACUCUUCCUCUAGUGAGACCAUUGCUGAAUGUUGUUUUACCCUUGCUGCUUGCUUUAAAAUUCAUUACUCAGUCUUCUUCUAACAGCUGCCUAAAUCAAUGUAUCUGCCAGGACAGUAAUUUUUCAAUUAUUAUUCGUAUUUAAAGGUCUAAUGUUAGUGCAAUGUUUUCUAGAAUUAAAGUCUCAGUGGAGGAGCGUUGAGUUCUCCUGGACAGCCAGGGUUGGGUGCUGCAUGGGAGGUUAUUCUGGCCAGGUGACCAUUCCCUGCUGUGUAAUGUUUCCUGCAGGACGCGGUGUCAGUGCAGAUAUUUGCUGGAUGUAGCUGGAGAGAGUUUGGUAUAUGCGGUACUUUAUUCUGCCUCGUGAUCUACCUUUAAAACAAAAUGCAGUUCUUAGAGAGCAGAGACCUUUUGACGAAUUCUAGUCACCAGAACAACUCUGAAAAUACUGACAACAAUUACAUGAUUUGCAAAGACUGUUUUCUGUAGAUUUUGUGGCCGUCGUGUUGCUGCUCUUUCAGAGCUUAGAUUUAGCUUGAUUUCAGCUUUAAUCCAUGUCCCAUUUUUCUAACGUUUUCUUUUUCCCUGCUUUUUGAUUGUUCUGCUGCUGUUUUACCCAACGGCUCUUGCUGAGAGCUGCUCUCCGUUGGGUUCCCCCGCAGGUGGGUCUGUGUGUGUUUGCCUGAGGAGGGACAGGAGGGAACACUUGACAUCCUUCCCUGUUUCUUCCCCUGUAACAUGAAAGCAAUUUUUUGUUAUCCCGCCUUUAGAAAGCAAGCAAGAAUUUGUCCUCGGGCAAGCUCACACUCGGUGCAGCUUGCUAGAAAGCUUUGCUCCUUUAGGAAUAGUGGUUGUGCUACUUACUUCCAAGCCAAAAGCAGGUCUUUGGAGCCAAAAGCAAAGGCAAGAGCGGAGCAGGAGGGUGGCGGUGGUGCCGGCAGCUCUCCCGGCUGCAAACAGCCCCGAGUUGUCCCCGCUCUGUGAGUAAAUCACACAGGGGUCCCACUUCACAGCAACUGAAAAGUGACUUAAAGUUUGAGCAUUUGGCUUCAAAGGUGUUUUAUCUUGAACUUGACUGUGUGUCCCCUUAACUACAGCCACUUUCAUAUCAAGGAGGACUAGUCAGUCGUAGCUGAACCUUCCUUUCUUAAAGGGCUUUUUGUAGGAAGCUGACGUUGCAGGAGCCCAGGAGCAGGAAUGCCCCAUGUGUGCUUCAUCCUCGUGGUGCUUCCCCUGCAGUUCUGGUAACGGCUUACCAGAAAAACCACACAAAGCGCAUGAUGAGCUUCGGUUAAGUUAAUAAAUGCCUUAUCUCCCGGCCUCACGAUGAAUUCUGAGUAACGCUGUCACAGCGUGACCGUAUUGCUGCUCAUGAGUUCAUCCGUUAUCAGUCCAGACAGGGACUUCUGCGUUCGCGGUGAGUGGGGGAGCACGGGGUGGCUUGGGUGACGGGGCGGUGGUGGCUCCAGCCAGGGCUGUGGCGAGGCGGUGACAGGCGGUUUCGCUGUCCCAGCCGGCGCUGCCGGGGGCACAGCGGGCACGCUGGGGCAGGUGCCUGCAGGUGACGUUCUCACUUCCAGCUCCUCACACGGGCUUUUGCUCGUGCGAGUUUUCAUCCUGCUCCGUAGCUCUGGUCAGCAGCUGAAAGUAGAAAUCUCGUGUGCGUAAGGGACGUUCUGCAAGUUCAGGUCUCCACUUACCAUAGAAGCUGCUGCGAAUGAGACAGGCGGCUGUUCGCUCAUGAUCAGAGCCCUAGAGAAGUAUUAUCUUUCCACCAUGUACAGCCUUGAGUUCAUUUUAGGCUUCAUUGGGAACACCAUUGUUGUGUUUGGCUAUAUCUUCUGCCUGAAAAACUGGAAAAGUGGCAAUAUCUACCUGUUCAAUUUAUCAUUAUCAGAUUUAUUAUUUCUGUGUACUCUUCCAAUACUCGUGAACAGCUACUCCAGAGAACAAUGGGCGAAAGAGAGCACCUGGUGUUACAGCAACAGGUUCCUGCUGCAUGCGAACCUGUACAGCAGCAUCCUUUUUCUCACCGCCAUCAGCAUUGACCGAUACAUGCUCAUCAAAUACCCUUUCAGAGAACACGUCCUACAGAAGAGGAAAUCGGCCCUUAUCGCGUCUGCUGCCAUAUGGGUUGGGGUGAUUCUGGAGCUCCUGCCCUUGGUGUUUUUCCUGGAGCCUAAAACACCUGCCAAUAACUACAAGUGCCUUGAUUACGCAAGCUCUGGAGACCCCACAAAAAGCCUCAUCUAUAGCAUGUUUCUGACGGUCUUUGGGUUCCUCAUCCCUCUUGUGAUCAUGUGCUGCUUCUACGUGAAGAUGGUUCUUUUUCUUAAAAACAGGAGUGAGCAGCUCAGUUCCCUCCUGACGCUCGAAAAGCCUCUGACUUUAGUCGUCCUCACCGUGGUGAUCUUCUCCUUGCUCUUCACCCCCUACCACGUCAUGCGCAACGUGCGGCUCGCUUCCCGAGUGCCAGCCCUGAACGUGUCUGGGUGCACGCAGGACGUCAUCAGCGCCGUCUACAUCGUCACGAGACCCAUCGCCUUCCUCAAUAGUGCCAUUAACCCUGUUUUUUAUUUCUUAAUGGGCGACCACUUCAGGGAGAUGCUGAUGGCAAAAGUAAGGCAGCUCUGGAGCAGGGUGACGACCACCAGCGAGUGAAGGAGCGAGGAGACCUCUCGUAGUGGAGAUGGGGGGAGGAAACUCCCUCGGGGAGAGCGCUCACCCAUGUGCAGUGCCAUUUUUUAAAUAACCUUACUUAUGCUAUAGCAUGUGUGUGAGCCGAUUGUGUUCCUCUAAAUGCGCUUCCCUUAUUGCACAGGAAGCCUCCUGCUAAUCUGGCUCCAGCACCCCAGCAGCGCUGCUCACGCCGUGCAGCAGGAAACGCUGCUCUCGUGGCAGGAUAUGCUGCAGCCUCUUCACCUUGUAAAUACAGGGUCGUCAUGGUAGUUCUUAAAGGGAAAAUGUGCUGCUCUUCUUCGUGAGCCUGAACUUGACCCUGGACUGGGCCUGGGCUGGCAUCAGUGUGCCAGGGGCGCUAAUUCGCGUGGUCAGCGCAGUCUGGGGAUGGAGGCUGAGUUGUCUUUGUAGGAGCGUUUGCAGCCUGUGUCUCCCGGGAGGUUUGGUUUUCACAGUGAAUGACUGGGACAAGUGACGUUCCCAGCUGCUUUGGCGAGGCUGGCGCCCGGGCUGCGGCACAGGAGGGCGUGCGGCCGGCGGGGCUGUCGGCAUUGCUGGGGCCGGGGCUGUGUGCCGGAGUGCGAGCGGUGCGGAGAGCUGCGAUGUUUGGCUGCUCUACAGGUGUUUCGUGGAAGCCCUGAGCCGGGCAAGGUGUGUGGGUGCGAGCACACGAGGUCUCACACUUUGAUAGCAAAGCUGGAUUCAGCUUGCAGAAGUAAAAACAAGAAAAACUAUCGGUUUAGUUCUUCGCUGAGAUUUGCCUUUGUACAUCCCCGGGACAGCUGCACAAGCUUGUACUGGUGUUUCCACAGUCACUUUGCAGAGGAUGGAUUUAAUCUGUAAGCGUAAGCAGAAUGUGUAGCUUGAAGCAGGAUUUGGGCCUCACGGUUAGACCUUCAUUAAGAGUUCUGGUAAUGAAAGAGGAGCUAACGAGGAGCCGGUUCUCUGCCUAACAUCCUUGCAGGCAGGGUGAGGGGAGGGCUUCAGUUCUGCUCUGUUCUGCUGUUCAGCUGCAAUAAGUUUGCUGUUUUGCUGAUACGUGCCUUAUAAUAAACUGUGCAUCCUUGUU